AUGCUGGAAAAGUUGUCGUCCAGUAGUAUCAUAUCUGCCGCCUGUUUGGACACAUCGCUGCCCGCUAUACCCAUAGCUAUGCCAAUGUCGGCCUUUUUAAGGGCGGGCGAGUCGUUGACACCGUCGCCCGUGACGGCAUAUGAUAUUAGAGAUGCCGGCGCUGAGGGCAGGGAUCUCAUGGAUGAAAACCAGAAUGUCCAGACAAUUAGCCAUCACAAAAAGGGUGCCAAGAAUGCAAGAAUCGUGUCGAAAGACGACAAAAAGGGUAAACCAAAGAGUAAGAAGUCUAAGAAAAAGGAUGACAUGGAUAAGCUCAAGGGUGAAGUGGAAAUGGAUGACCACCGCAUUCCCAUUGCUGAGCUAUGCCGCCGACUACAGACUAAUACAGAAACCGGAUUAACACCAGGUCUGGCCAAACAAUUCCUACAACGGGACGGACCCAACUCCAUAACCCCUCCGAAAGUGACCCCAGAAUGGGUGCGAUUCAUGGAAAACAUGUUUGGAUGGUUUAACGUACUCCUGUGGAUCGGGUCAGCCCUAUGUUUCAUUGCGUACACCAUACAGAUGACCACUUUGGAAAAAGAUGAAGUGCCCCCGGAUAAUUUAUAUUUAGGUGUGGCACUGGCAGCCGUGUUAUAUUUAGGUGUGGCACUGGCAGCCGUGGUAUUCAUAUCCGGGUGCUUCUCCUACUAUCAAGAGGCUAAGAGCGCUAACAUAAUGGACUCAUUCAAGAAUCUGAUACCCCGGUCGGCGACUGUCAUUAGGUCGGGCUCUAAGAUGAACUGUCCGGUGGAGGACCUGGUGGUGGGAGAUCUGGUGGAGAUCAAGGGCGGUGAUCAGGUGCCGGCUGACGUGCGUAUUGUAAAAUCCCAGGGCCUUAAAGUGGACAACUCGUCGCUGACGGGCGAGUCUGAACCCCUGUCGCGCACUCCCGACUGUACCCACGAUAACCCUUUGGAGACCAAAAAUUUGGCCUUUUUCUCGACUAAUUGUGUGGAAGGUACGGCCCGUGGGUUUGUGGUGCGCACCGGCGACCGAACAAUAAUGGGAAGGAUAGCUAUAUUGGCGGCCGGUUUGGAGGCAAACGACACCCCGUUAUCUCAAGACGUGUCCCGGUUUAUGAGUUUCAUUACCACUGUAUCCAUACUAUUUGGCGGCGCCUUUGCCGUCCAUGGCCUUCCGGACAACGGGUGUUACUGUCUGGUGUUGACCCUAACGGCCAAACGUAUGGCCUCUAAGAACUGUUUGGUGAAGAACUUGCAGGCAGUGGAGACACUGGGCUCCACCAGGUGGUAUACAUGGCUGUUUUGGCCCUGUAACUGCGUCUUAUUCUACUGCAAUAAAGUGGACACAGACUGCCCGGCUUGGAAAGCCUUAGUCAAAGUAUGCAGUUUAUGUAGUCGAGCUGAUUUUGUGGCCGGGCAGGAAAAAGUAUCACCACUUAAAAGUAUAUCUCUGAUUCGGCACUUUUUGCAUACGCACAGGGAGGCCAUUGGUGAUGCCUCCGAAGUGGCAAUACUGAAGUACAUGGAGAUCAUCACCAGUGAUCAGCUCCCGAAGGCGGCUUUUGUGGGCGCGCCCCUUCUCCCCGUGACCGACACAUACUUCCCCCGCGCCGAACGCAUACUUGACAAGUGUACCACCAUUAUCACCAAGGGUAAAGAGGUGCCCCUCGAUAGCAAGAUUAAGAAACAGUUUGUGGCCGCCUAUGAAGAGUUGGGCAGUUUAGGGGAACGGGUUAUUGGUCUGUGCGAUAAGUUCCUGCCAGAGGACCGAUACCCAUAUGACUUUCCCUUCGACGCCGACAAAGAGAACUUCCCGAUGACUGGACUCCGAUUCGUGGGCAUUGUGUCGAUGAUAGACCCGCCCCGACCCGCGGUGCCCGACGCUGUGAGCAAGUGUCGGACGCGACCACUGCUCUUACUCUGGUUUCUCCUCUACCGCCGGGCCGAAUUCUAUCCGGUCGAGAAAGUUGACCACAGUUCGGUGAAGGCGGCAGUAAUCCACGGCCAGGACCUAAAGGACUACACGGCCGAAGACUUGGAUAACGUGCUGAGGAGGCACACGGAGAUUGUGUUCGCCCGGACAUCGCCGCAACAGAAGCUCAUUAUAGUGGAGGGCUGUCAACGCCAGGGGGCUAUCGUGGCCGUCACGGGCGACGGUGUCAACGACUCGCCCGCCCUUAAAAAGGCCGACAUUGGCAUAGCUAUGGGUAUAGCGGGCAGCGAUGUGUCCAAACAGGCGGCAGAUAUGAUACUACUGGACGACAAC